AUGACGACAAUAGGAAGCCAACGAUACACUUCUUAUGAUCAUACAGCGAACAUUGUUAUCCGCGGAUUAUUGUCAGGCAGUUUCAAGGCGGAUGCUAAUCUCGAUAAUGCAAGGACGGACGAUGCUACCAAGGUUCACGCUAUUCUUAAGGAGGUUUCCUGGCACAUUGAGGCCAUUAACGCGCUGUCGGUGAAGACGUCAGCACUUAAGAUCAAUGAUCUGCCGGGGGAGGAGACAAGCAAGAAGUCAUCAGUGGACGUGACUUCGGGGGACCCGGAAGCGGUCUCCGCCAUCGCGUCGCAAGCGGGGUUCGCCAUCACACUGCUUAUCCCGCACAAGUGGAUCGAGGAAGUCUCGCAUAUGAGUGACACGGUUCGCGGUCUUCUCCUGCUAUGGGAAGAACAUUUGACGGAGAAUGCUAAGAGCACGGCCAAGUGUCACAAGUUGACGCCGACGUGGCUUUCUAAGGAGCGCUUCGGCCGGGUCCAGGUGGUUUUUGUGCACGCUGCGGAUGCGAACUUCAUGUGGAGCAGGAAAGUGGAGCAUGUGACAUUGUCCAAUGUGCGUCUGAUUCUCGGAUGGCAGCACCCGGAGAACCAGGAGUACCUGAAGGAGCGGUCGAUGAAGCCGGACGCCAUCGAAGUGUUGCUGAGAAAUGUCCCGGCUGUCAUCACGCCUGAGAUGAUCUGGAAGAGCCUGGUGACGGCCACUCUGCUGAAGCGCAAACGCUCGGCGUUCCUGGAGGGUUCGGCUUUUCACAGGGUGGUGGACCCGAUUACGGGCUCAGACACGGAUAAGAUCAAGGGGUUGGUGUACCGCCACCCCGGGGAUAAGUAUAAGUGGUGGCAUAGGGUGACAGACAAGAUACAUGGGACAGAUCUGCUAGUCUCGUUUCCUGCACUCACCUGCUCGUUUUGCAACGGCAUGCACAUGUCGUGUUUCCAUGAUGAGUAUGUGACGGAACGGCAGGACAACAUUAUCAAGUGGAACGUGCCGUUGGCAAGGGUGCACGAGAUGAAUGGUAACCAUACCUGUUCGAGUUGUGCUUUUCAGGUUGAAGCAGCUGGCGGCUUUGCUCACCUCUGUACCAUCUCCCCUCCGAGCAGCAGCCUCUCUGAAGCUGACUGCAGCUACAAAGGCCAUUAUGGAGGACCCGGCGAUGGUCUUCACCUCGACCAGCGGCGCACGGGAGGAGUGGCUGUGCGUUCAGGAGGGAUGCGGGAAAGCACACGGCGUCAGCUUCGCAAAGGCAGCAGAGCACGUGGCCUCUGUGAUGCACUGUACCGAACGUCUCAAGGGGGGAUCGGCGACGCGUCGAAGCAGGGGGAAGAUGAACCUCCUGGCGGUCAAGAAGGACUUCGGGAUGUGAGCCCCAGGCGGGAAGGUCCCAACUCCGAGCUGAGACCAACUACAUGUGCAACGGCGAGCGCAGAGAAAGGUGCAGGAGGAGUGGCGAUUGUGGCUUUUAGGAAGCACAUCCAGUUCACGGAGGUGAUGGCUCACCAUACGGGGAGGCUGCUAGGGGUGACGGUGGAAGGAGGAGAUACAAAGUUUCGUUUGAUAGCGGCUUACCUCCCGGCACAACCGGGCAAGCGGACGAAGUUCCAUGCAGAGCACCUGGUCCCAUUUGCGCAAGCUCAACCUGCAGGAGCGCACCUGGUGCUGGUAGGGGACCUCAACAUCAUUGCGGACCCGGACCUGGACAGAUCAUCGAACACGGGGUCCAGUAGGGAGAAUCAGCGGUUGCUGGAGGCAUGGUCAACCUUUGACCUCCGAGAUGCCUUCCGGGAGCUUAAUCCUCGGGAGAGACAGUACACGUUCAGAGCAAGGCCGUCAGACACCAGAUCCAGAAUUGACAGGGCGCUGGUAUCAACGUCGUUCCUGGGGGAGUUGCUGGAAGCAAGCCACAAGUGGGUGCCGAAGAAGUUGUCCGAUCACCAGUUUGCAAUCCGGGUCAGCCUCGCUUUCACGUCAUCGCACACUAGCGGACCUGGGAUUUGGAGGCUGCAGGCAACACGAGUAAAUCGGAGGGGAAUCAGAGCGGUAAUACAAAAGAUUAUGGGGAUUCCAGACGGGCGGAGCGGACGGGCGCUAGAGCAGAUUCUCCCACGUCUGAGCGCGGCCCUGCGGACACACGGAAGGGAGGAACAGAAGCGGGUCGCAGCAACCAGGCGACAUCUGGAAGCAGAGAUUACGAGGCUCAAUCACCUGGUCAUGGCGGGGCCCACGGAAGCAGCGGUUAAAGAGAGGUUGCUGACCAUGGAGGCGCAGCUGGAGGGGUACCAGGAGAGCGAGAGGGAAAGGUUACAGGUAUUGGCGAGGCUGGAUUUGGAAAUGCACGGUGAAAUCCCGUCCCCGUAUUUGUCGGCCAAAGUCAAGAUGAGGAAAGACAAGACGAUCAUCAAGGAAGUGAUGCACAAGGGGAAGCGGUUCUACGGUUCACAGGAGGUGCUGAAGGCGGCGGCUGAUCAUUUUCAGGAAGCUUUCAAGAAGCAUACGGAAGCAGAGGUGGGGAAGGGAGACGCAGUAGAGGUGUCCAGGCGAUUACUGGAGGAGGCGGCGGAGAGACUGUGCGCCCAAUGGUCGGAGGCGGAGAUAAAAGAGGCGCUAGUAGGCUUACCGAGGGGCAAGUCUCCAGGUCAUGACGGCUUACCACCAGAACUUUUUAAGGCGCACUGGGACCUUCUGGGAGGGCCGCUGGUGGAGUUCGCAAGGAGAUUCGAGAAAACAGGUCUUCUGGACGAGUCGAUCACCACGGCGGUGACGGUCCUGCUGCAUAAGAAGGGGCCGCUGGACCAGUUAGGCAACUACAGACCGAUCACGUUACUGAGCACGAUUUACAAAGUACUGGCGAAGUUACUGGCAAACAGACUCAAGAAAGAGCUGCACCAGAUUGUAUCCGAGGAUCAGCAUGGGUUCAUACCUGGGAGGUGCCUGGCAGAUGCGGUAGCGGUGGUAACAGAUGCGGUGGAUGCUGCAGGCAAUGGAGGGGAUGACUGGUUCCUCCUCAUGGUGGAUAUUCAGAAAGCAUACGACACAGUGGCAAGGCCAUACCUCUUCGAGACAAUGGGAAAGCUGGGGAUACCAGACGAGUUCAUACGGUGGACUGAGGGACUACACCACGGAUCCGGGACAAGGGUGGCGAUCAACGGCUGGUUAGGAGAACGGGUGGAGAUGCAAAGGGGCGUGCGGCAGGGAUGUCCCCUGGCUCCAUACCUUUUCCUGUGCGCGCUAGAGCCGCUAUGCUGCAAAAUCAAAGAGAAGGGACUGGGGGUGAGCGCGGAAGGGGCGGAGGUGCUGUCGUAUGUCGGGUACGCUGACGAUGCAACGUUGAUCCUGAAGGGAGUGGAACAGCUGAAAGAAGCAGAGAAGAUUUUGGAGCAGUUCGGGGAGCUGUCAGGCCUGAAGACCAACAAAGAUAAAUCGGUGGUCAUGCCGCUGGGGAGGAAUAAGGGGAAAAGGGAUGCACAAGGGGUGUAUUUCAAGUGGGCGGAAGAUGGUGUGCCGGAACGCCUGCUAGGAAUAUGGAUCACGCCAGAAGGGGACCCCGGGCGAUCCUGGGAAAAGGCAUGGGAGAGGGGGAAGGCAGAGCUCGUCAAGUGGGAGAGCCAUCAUCUGCUAACAGCCGCGCGUGUGACGGUAAUCAACGCCUACAUCAUGCCGAUCUUCAUAUUCCAAGCGCAAAUUUACCCGCCGCCGGAGGAGCUAUGGAAACGCAUCCGAAAGACGUGCGACAACUACGUCUCCAGCGGACAGGCCACGUCGGAGAAGCUGUUCGUGCUAUGGUGCGGGGAGCUUGCGCGCCUGCCAAAGAAGGAUGGGGGCCUGGGGCUGGUAGACCCCAAGGCAAGGAUUGACAGUAUGGCGAUCAGAAUGGUCGGGAAGCUGGUCUUGGAGCAGAAUGCUACGAAGCGAUGGCUAGCGGAGAAGGCAGCAGCGUUGUCCCAAGGGGCAGCGACGCUCCUGGCGGACCCGUCAGCACUGAAGCACUGGCACGGUGGAAGCAAAUGUUGGAAAGCGGCGGUGGAGGCGUUCUGGGAGUCCCCGUAUGCGGAGCUAUCGGAGCCGAAAACUGGCUGGGAGGUGGAGCAGGAGAAAGUGUGUGUCAACUGCAAGGUCAUGUUCAGAGGGAAAAGAACGUAUGGGAACCAGCAAGGAACCGAGGGGAUAAGACAGAUAAGCUUUGGGGACCUGGUGGAGGUAGGGUCGAGGGGCGAACGCACAGUAAAAAGCAAGGAGAGCUUGAGACUGGAAUUGGGUGGAGUGGCCGCAGCCAGGUGGGCGCUCAUGGCUUACGCCGCGAUAUCAAAAGAGUAA